GCCUCAUCCCUUCUCUUCCAGGCAACCUCCACACCUCAGCCAUGGCCUGCAACAACCUCUGCCGACCCUGCGGACCCACCCCGCUGGCCAACAGCUGCAACGAGCCCUGUGCCCUGCAAUGCCAGGAUUCCCACGUCAUCAUCAACCCCUCCCCUGUGCUGGUCACCCUGCCAGGACCCAUCAUGACCUCCUUCCCCCAGAACACCGCCGUCGGAUCCACCUCCUCGGCUGCUCUGGGCAGUGAACUCAAUGCCCAGGGACAGCCCAUCUCUGGUGGAUUUGGCUUUGGCCUUGGCUACGGCCUGGGAGGCCUGGGCUGCUAUGGCAGAAGGGGCUAUGGCUACAUCUGCUAAGGGCCCUCAGCACCAGCCCUGACACCACCAGCUCUGGCCUCUGGCAACAGCUCCUGCAA